GGGUAACCGACGCGCAAACUUCCCGACGGCGAUGCAAGUGGUGUACGAUGUCGGGUCGUGGCGCAUCACGGACGACGGCCAAGUGUACCGGCGCGGCAAACUCCGCUUUGCCAACGGCGACCUGUAUGAUGGCGAAUGGAUGGACGGGAAGCGCCACGGCCAAGGCAAGUUUACGUACCAGAACGGGUCGACCUACACGGGCGAGCUCGUGGCCAACCUGUACAAUGGGUGUGGGGUGCUCGUGGUGGCCGAUGCCAAGCACCCGUUCACGGGCAAAUGGGUCAAAGGAUCAACGUACGACGGUCAGUUUCAGAGAGGAAAGAAGCACGGGAAGGGCCUCGUCGUGUUUGGCGAAGGCGGGUCGUACGACGGCAUGUUUCACGACAAUGCGUUCCACGGCGACGGUUUGCGUUGCUAUGCCAACGGCGAUCGAUACGAAGGCGAGUGGAGGCAUGGGUCGUGGUGGGGCCUCGGCCAUCUCCGCCGAGUCGACGGCGAGUCGUAUCGUGGCGAGUGCAAGCGCGGACUCUUUCACACGGGAGCGCUUGGUGUCGGCCGACGGACGUUUCGCAGAGGUCACGGGUCAUACGAAGGCGGGUACCGCGACGGUCUCCAACACGGCAAAGGGCUGCGAGUGUUUGCCGACGGCUCGAGCUACGAAGGCGACUGGGUCGACAACGUCAUGCAUGGAAAUGGCGUGUGGUCGACGGCAGCAUUCACGUACAUCGGGGAGUUUCAACAUGAUCGGCCCCACGGCCACGGCCUCUUUACCUUUACAAAUGGAGACGUGUACGAGGGGUCUGUGCGCGAAGGCCACUUUUAUGGCCGCGGCAAGUAUACGUACAAGGAUGGAAGUUGGUACGACGGCGAGUACAUGGCGACUACGACCACGAUGACCAGCAAUACAGCCAAGCAGCAAACGGUCAAGGAGGUGCCGCUGCCCAACGGCCUCAAGCAUGGCCAAGGACGUCGCAGGUGGGUGAAUGGGAAUGAGUACGACGGCGAGUGGAAGGACGACGCAAUGCACGGACAGGGCCGCUUAACGGUGACAUAUACCACCAACGGAUGUGCAUUGCGCACGGAAUACGAUGGCGCGUUUGCAAAUGGCAGACCGAGCGGCCAUGGCACGUUGAAAGCAUGGAACCCCGAUGGAAUUUGCAUGGAGUUUCCGUCUGCAAGCGGCAAUUGGUACCGCGGACGAGGAACCUGCACAUACACUGGUGAUUUUGCCAAUGGUUUGUUCCAUGGCCAAGGCACACUCACGACUUGCGACGGGCGCCGAUACGAAGGUUCGUGGCAACGCGGCAAGCGCCAUGGCCACGGUCGCAGCGACUUGAUUCCCCUCGUCGAACAAGGAGACGAAGCACGCAUGCAUAUCAAGGGCAGCAGCGCUCUCUAUCGGAUCGCUCGAUACGACGGCAUGCACGAACAGGAUAAGCGACAGGGAUUUGGCAAAGCGUACUUUAGCAACGGCGAAUCCAUCGAAGGCACGUUCGUGAACGGUCAAGCUGACGGCAUCGCGACUUACGUCUACACAUCUGGCAAGCGAAGGCGAGGCUCGUGGAAGCUGGGGCAGCGCGUUGCAUGGCUGAGCAACGACGACGACGCGAAAUGGGCCGGGGUGGACAAAGCGGUGGACUUGAGCAUGGCCGCCUUUUCCCGGCGGAAAUCGAGCUGCGAUCUUGAAAGGACUACAACGUGAUUGGCUAAAACAUUUAAAACAAUUUGAUUGGAU